AUUGGUCGAUUUAUCAAAUACGGUUAAAUUCAAAAAAAGCAUAUGCUGUUAAUUGUUAACGGUCGAAACUUUAGAAGAUCAAAGUGUGCUUCUAUUACAUGUUUCUUGACACGCAUUUUACAUUUCUUUUGUGAUUGUGAAAAUUUUUGUCUUUCUUUUUUUACGAUAUGGUUAAAUUUAACUUAAAAAAAAAUUGAUGUUAGCUAUUAACCGUUAAGAGGAUCAAAGCAUCAUGGAAUCUCGUUUACCAAGACCAAAAUUUGUAUUAAAGAAAGCAAUUUCUGCAGUGGAUAUACAUACUAAAAGUACAAAUGACAAAACGGUGGCUAAUGAGGUAAAUAGUAUCUCAACAUCAAAAUCAGUAUCAACUGUAAAAUCAGAACCAACAAAAUCUGUUACUACCACAAAAUCUAUAAAAGAGAAUAAACCACCAGUUACUCUAGUUCGUGCAAAAACAUUAUCCACAAUCACAAAUAAUAUAAAUGCUGUAAAAAGAGCAGGUACGACCAUAACACAUGGGGAAUCAAAGAAACCAUUUCUCAAACCUGUUACAAAAGCAAUAGCAAAUAAACCAAAUAACAAAACAUUGAUGACUAAUAAUACAGCAAAUAAAACGAGCAAGGUAUUACAAAACAAUACAGAUAACAAAUUAAAAAGAUGGGAUCUGCGAGGUCGCUUGGCACAAACGAGUGAUAAAUUAUCAGUUGCAGAACAAAAAAGUAAGGAUAUAGAAUCAAAGUAUAAUGCCCUGCAAGAAUUGGUAAAUAGUUUAAAAACUAGUGAGGCUGCAUGCAAAACUAAAGCAGAAAAACUUGAGGAUUCGAACAAUAUUUUAACUAGUGAAGUUCAAACUUUAACAAUAGAAAAAUCUAUGAUGCAAAAACAUCAAGAAGAUUUAGUAAAACGAUUAAAAGAGUCAGAAGAAUCGUGCACAAGCAUUACUUGCAUGUUGAAUGAAUGUAAAGAGAAAUGUAAAACACAAGAGGCACUGAUUUCAAAACAAACAACACAAUUGACAACUUUGACAACUGAGUUGGAAUUACAAAAACAGGUAAAUGAAUAUCUGUGUAAUUUCAAAGAACAAUUACAAGCAUUAACAUAUGAAAUGGACAAAAAAUGUAGAGUGCUACACAAUAAUAUACAAGAAUUAAAGGGGAAUAUUAGAGUAUUCUGCAGAGUUCGUCCAAGGACUUCAAGGGAAGUUGAACAGAUGAAAGCAUUGUGUAGCAUCAAUUAUAUAGAUGACUGUACUAUUGAAGUAGGCAAAUUAGAUAGAUCAGAUGCAAUAAGUUGUAGUGGAAAACAAAGAGGAACAAAGCAAGAGUUUUCAUUUGAUAAAGUGUUCACUCAUAAAGCGUCGCAAGAAGAUAUAUUUGAAGAGUUAUCCCUUUUAGUACAAUCGGCUCUUGAGGGAUAUAAUGUUUGUGUAUUUGCUUAUGGCCAGACUGGUUCUGGCAAAACAUACACUAUGGAAGGAGAAAUGCAAGGUGAAGAGGAAAUUAAAGAGUCUGAAGGCAUGAUACCUAGAACAGUACGUCAUAUAUUCAAAGAAAUGAAACAGUUUGAACUUCUUGGUUGGAAGUAUCAAGUAAAAGCAAGUUUUUUGGAAAUUUACAAUGAACAUAUCAUUGAUCUUCUUGAUUCACAACUAAAAACGCACGAGAUACGAAUGGUGGAUAGCAAAGGUCAGGAUUUAUAUGUCAGUAAUCUUCGGAUAGAAGAAAUAUACAGUCCAGAAGAAUUGCAUGAAUGUCUUAAAACUGCACAACGCAAUCGAGCUGUUGCCGCUACUAAGGCAAAUGAGCGAUCAUCCAGGUCACAUUCAGUAACGAGAAUACAAUUGAUUGGUACACACAGUAAAAAACAGCAGGUAUCGAUAGGAAAUUUAAAUUUAGUUGACUUAGCUGGAUCUGAACGUUUGAAAAGCGAGGAAGUUGCCAGAACUACAGAAACGAAAAAUAUCAAUAGAUCAUUAGCAAAUCUUGGUAAUGUUAUUUUAGCUCUUUUAAAAAAACAAGAACAUAUUCCAUAUAGAAAUUCUAAAUUGACCCAUUUGCUUAUGCCUUCUUUGGGAGGCAAUUCAAAAACUUUAAUGUUGUUAAAUAUAUCGCCAUUAGAUGAAUGUUAUAACGAGACAUUAAAUUCGUUGAGAUUUGCUAGCAAUGUCAAUAAUUGCAAGACUGGAAAUAUUAAACGAAGCCGAAUGCUUUUACAGAAUAUAUCAAACUGAAUUUUAAAACGUUAGUUUUGGUUAAAGAAUAGUUUAGUUGUGCAUUUUUUAUUUUCAAUUUAAAUUUUUACAUAAUUGACAUCUAUAACUAUGAUUGACAUUUUUUCUUACUAUUACAAUUAUUAUGAUUAAUGUAAAAUAAUUUAAGGAAAAAAUAUAUAUGUAUGCAUUCUUCUAUGAAAGAAAUUAGUGGCAAAAUGACAAUAAAAUGCCAAUAAAAUGCCAUCUUAUAUAAAACACAAUGUAUAACAAUAAUUAAAUAAAUGACAUUUAUAUAUAACUAAACAUUUAUAAAUUGUAUAUUGAAACUGUUUGAAUAAACAAAUGUUAUAGAAAUUUGCUGCAAUUUUUUGGCUUUUGCACUCAAGAUGCUUGCCGCACUGCAAAAUGCAACGUAACGGCGCUAAUCAACAGUUACAACUUUUUGAUUGGCUACCAUAUCGCUUCUUGUUGCGCAGCAAACAUUUACUGCGUCCUGUGUGCAGGAACCAUCUUUCUUUUUUAUUUAUAUUAUAUCAUAAUUGAUACUUAUUGUCUAUAUUAGGAUAAUAAUUCAUAUUUCCCUAAUAUCUAAUAACAUUAUACAAUAAUCUAGUAUCUUGUUAUAUAUACUUGCUUUAUACAAAAUCUUUAUAUAACUAUAAAACUAUGUAUAUAGUAUA